AAAAAAAAGAGAAUAUCUCUCUCUCUAUCUCCCUGCAAUAAGAAUAUUGGGUGAUCAUCAAAUAUUCUUAGCAGACAUGGAAAACUACAAACACUAUUUUCCUUCACCAGAUGUCCAAUUGAACACCUAUUCUUCCAGCUUCACAAAUCACUAUUUGCCACAACCAUUAAACAAUAUUGAUCAUGCUCACACCAAGAGGAAAUCACCGGAGAUCAUAACUUCUUCGCCUCAGCUUUCUGAUACAAGCAACAAUAAGGGGAAGAAAUCGAAACGAGAGAAGAUGAAAGAUGAGGUUGUUCACGUUAGAGCCAAGAGAGGCCAAGCUACUGAUAGUCACAGUUUAGCAGAGAGAGUGAGAAGAGAGAAAAUUAAUGAAAGGUUAAGAUGCUUGCAAGACAUUGUACCAGGAUGCUACAAGAGCAUGGCGAUGUCAGUGAUGCUGGAUGAGAUCAUAAAUUAUGUGCAGUCCUUGCAAAAUCAAGUGGAGUUUCUUUCCAUGAAGCUCACGGCGGCGAGUGCGUUUCACGACUUCAACUCCGACGAAGAUGCUUUGGAGAUAUUGCAGAUGCAGAGAGCAAACAUACAAAAUGGACCACCUCCUCAGUCUGCUCCAUUAGGAUUCAACUUUGAAUAUUACCCUCAAUUUCCACACAACAUGUGAAAAUAUAUUCCACUUUAAUAUUGAUUGGUUACCAUAAUUUUUUUGAAUUUUACUGAUUUUAAUUUGUACACAAGAGAUGCAGAGAAAUCAACAAGAGAUAUACAUACUCAAUUAUAUCCAUUUCAUACACUUGAUUUAAUGAAAUAUUUAGAGUACAUAAAUCUGAAUCCUGAUAGAUUUUUUGGGCAUUUUGUCUCAAUCAUUAUAAUUUAUUUUGUUGGGAUGU